AUGACUGCAUGGAAGAAAACCUGCUUAGACGGCUACAUGGUUGCUUUUGACAUAGGGAGACCAGCAGGCCGUUCAACGAGGUCUGAAAAGUUUGCUGGGUUGAAGCUGGAGAAGGACACCCGGCCGAAAUUGGAAGGAGGUGGUGAAAGAGAGCUUAAGGACACUUGGCGUGGAUGGGCAAUUCAGGCGAGACGUAAGGACUGGCAGGAUGAGGAAUAG